CACUUGCAGUGCAAAGACCACAAGCAAGAAGACUCCGAAGCCGGGAGUAAAAGUACCAACAUAUUGGAGCGGAAAGGAAAGACAAGAUCAAAUCUUUUUGAUUUCGAGACUGCUGGAGCUCCAAUACAAUCAAUUUGACAUUUGGCUGUAGCCAGUUUAACUGGAUAUAGCAACCAAGAAAAGUUGGUAGUACACUCUUUGGAGUUUGGUCAGAGUCGUUUUAUUUUAUAUUGCUUGUGGAAGUGGACACUGCACUGAAACUUGGGAACGAUCCGACUCAGUCGGUUCUGGACUUUGGCGUUAAUCUGUAAACCUGCCGGAGAAGUUGUUGCCUCGAGCGGUGAACAUUUGAAGACUUCGAAAGUUGCUUCCUGAAUCAAGCUCGAGGACAUUUGGACCAUUGGAUGGAGAAACGCCAACCAGAACUUUAAAGAACGUAUUUCAAGAAAGGCUACUGCCAUAGACAUGUCUGUCUGCCUAUAGCUCUGAAGUCUAGAAGCCCUAAACCAUACGAUCUCAGAUAGAUCGCUACAAACGAGAGAAACACCACAGAGAAAAAAAGAGAAGAAAUCCCAGAUCAGCUUGAUAAAUAAAGAAGGCUUCCCCUCCCAAAUCGAGCCAAUGGCGCGAUCUCCGUGUUCGGGCUCCUGUGUGACCCUGCUCCCCCUGAUCCUCUUGGCCCUGGGCUGGUCGUCUGCCACCCCCUCCGGCCCCGCCUCGGCCACCUGCGCCACCCUGGAGCAGAGCCGCUUCUUCGGGGUUUUCAACUCGACCACCGCCCUCCCCUCCACGCCCUGCUCCUGGACCCUGCAGAACCCCGACCCUCGCCGCUACACCGUCUACAUGAAGAUCACCAAGCCCACCGACUCCUGCCUGCCACGCCAGAUCAAGACCUUCCAGUUCGACUCCUUCAUCGAGACCUCACGCACCUACCUGGGCAUGGAGAGCUUCGACGAGGUGGUCCGUCUCUGCGACGCCGCCACCACGGUCACCUACCUGGAGUCCACCAAGCAGUUCCUGCAGCUGCGCAAAGUCAUGCCCAGGAACGGCCUGGAGGUGGCGGAGAGGGAGGGCAACGGAGAGUUCAAGACCGAGUUCCUGGUAGUAGGCAAGAGGAACCCCAGCAUGCCAGCCUGCCAGAUGCUCUGCCAGUGGCUGGAGAAGUGCCUGUCCACCAGCACCCACGACAACCCCUGCGGGAUCAUGAACACCCCCUGCCAGUGCUGGGAGGCCCCCCAGAGGAGGCCUGGAGGCUGUUUCAGAGCUGGGAUCUGGAUGGAGAAGUGCAUGCCAGUGCCCAGGGACAACGGCCGCGAUGCUGAGAUCAUCAAAGGCUGGAGCAGCUGGGGUCGCUGGUCAGAGUGCAGCCAGGAGUGCGGGGGCGGAGUCCAGGUGCGCAGCAGAUCCUGCCAGCCAGAGGACAGCAUGUGCGAGGGCGUGGUCGAGGAGGGGCGUGCCUGCAACCCUCAGCCCUGCAUUGGUAAAGUGCGCACCCAGAGCCAAUCCCUGCGCUCCAACGCCGGUCUGAAGAGAGACAACGUGGAGAACCCCAACACUGGAGUCGUAGCGACACAAACCGUGGAGGCCGUGGUUGAUGAGUGGUCCCCCUGGAGCACGUGUUCCGUCACCUGCGGGGAGGGCUGGCAGAGCCGUACUCGCGUCUGUGUCACCUCCUCCUACAGCACUCAGUGCACCGGGCCUCUCCGGGAGAACCGCCCCUGCAACAACACUGCCGUCUGCCCCGUGGAUGGAGCUUGGGAUGAGUGGUCUCCAUGGAGCCUGUGCUCGUCCACCUGCGGACGAGGGUUCCGUGAGCGUUCCCGCACCUGCAAGCAGCCCCAGAACGGAGGAGAACCCUGCAGGGGGCCGCCCAAACAGACCAAGUUCUGCAACAUCGCAGUCUGCCCAGUGGACGGAUCCUGGAACGAGUGGGCCGGGUGGAGCCCCUGUUCUGCGUCGUGCUCCAACGGAACCAUGCAGAGAACCCGAGAGUGCAACGGGCCAUCCUACGGCGGCUCAGAGUGCCGCGGAGACUGGCAGGAGACGUCCAACUGCUUCCUGAAAAACUGCCCAGUCGACGGGCGCUGGCUGUCUUGGAGCACCUGGGGAAGCUGCACCCGGACAUGCGGGGGGGGGAACCAGCAGAGGCGCAGGUCCUGCGAGGGGCCCUUCUUUGGAGGGGAGCCUUGCCCAGGAGACAACGGAGAGAUGAGGCGCUGCAACGAGAAGAGAUGCCCAGAACCCCACGAGAUCUGCCCAGAGGAGAACAAUGGAGAUGUCAUCUGGAAGAAAACUGCUGCUGGAGACCUGGCCGCUGUCAACUGUCCCUCCGGAUCCACAGGCUUGAUCCUCCGCAGAUGCACCCUGGAUGCCAUCGGUCUGGCCUUCUGGGAAAACCCCAGCCAUGUCAAGUGUGUUUCCAAGGACUACCAGGACAUCUACAUGCUGGCCCAGGACCAAGUCUCCAAGUCGCAGACGGGGCUCAUGGGAGAUGGAGUUUCCGAGGUGAUUUCCCGGCUCAAAGCCACGUCGGACGAGGGCACCCAGUACAGUGGAGACCUGCUGGCCAUGGUGGAGGUUCUGAGGAACACCACGGAGCUGUACAAGGGAUCCAGAUCCAGCCUGAACAACGCAGACGUGCAGAACUACGCCCAGAUUAUUAGCAAUUUGCUGAAAGAAGAACACCGCGAUAAAUGGGAGGAGGCGCAACUGAUGGGGCUUAACGUCAAGGAGUUCCUGCGUCUGGUCGAGGACUUUGUGGACAUGAUCGGCAUGCAGAUGAAGGACUUCCAGGACAUUUAUGAAGUCACCGAGAAUUUAGUGCUGAGCAUCCAGAAGCGACCCACUGCCGUGACCUCAGACUUCAGCUUCCCAGUUCAGGGCUGGAGGGGCAUGAUGGACUGGGUCAGAACCUCUGAGGAAAAGAUCACCGUUUCCCGCGACGCCCUGUCCAUCGACCAGCCUGAGGGAACCACUGCUUUUGUGACUGGCAUCGUCCUGUACAGAAACCUGGGCUCCAUCUUGGCUUUCCACAGCAACAGCACCAUCCUCAACUCUAAGGUGGUCUCGGUCAUAGUGAAGCCCACCCCAACCCUCCUGUCCUCCCCAGUGGAGAUCGACUUCCCCCACCUCCACAAUGGAACCGUCAACGAGACAUGCAUCUCCUGGGACGAGAGCGAAACUUCGUCUCUGCUAGGAUCUUGGACUGCGCGAAGCUGCAGAGUGGUUGCCGUUGAUUCAUUCAAAACCAAAUGCAUGUGUGACAACCUCUCCACCUUCGCCAUUUUAUCGCGGAUCAAUCCCGAUUCGAUGAUGGAUAAGUCUCUGCUGCCGUCCGUCACCCUCAUCGUGGGCUGUGGAGUCUCCUCCCUCACCCUGCUCCUCCUCAUCAUCAUCUACGUCUCUGUCUGGAAGUACAUCCGCUCCGAGCGCUCCGUGAUCCUCAUCAACUUCUGCCUCUCCAUCAUUUGCUCCAACAUCCUCAUUCUGAUUGGACAAACCCAAGCUCGCAACAAGGUGUCGUGCGCGCUGGUGGCGGCCCUCCUUCACUUCUUCUUCCUGUCCUCGUUCUGCUGGGUGCUGACUGAAGCUUGGCAGUCCUACAUGGCUGUCACUGGCCGUCUGCGCAACCGCAUCAUCCGCAAGCGUUUCCUGUGUCUCGGCUGGGGUCUUCCUGCGCUGGUCGUGGCUGUUUCUGUGGGGUUCACCAAGGCGAAGGGAUAUGGCACCGUCAACUACUGCUGGCUCUCUCUGGAGGGUGGACUACUCUACUCGUUCGUUGGACCCGCUGCUGCCGUCGUCCUGGUGAACAUGGUGAUUGGUAUUCUGGUCUUCAACAAGCUGGUGUCCAAGGACGGCAUUACGGACGUGAAGCUGAAGGAGAGAGCAGGGGCGUCACUGUGGAGCUCCUGCGUGGUUCUGCCACUGCUCGCCCUCACCUGGAUGUCGGCCGUGUUGGCCAUCACCGACCGUCGCUCCGCCCUCUUCCAGAUCCUCUUCGCCGUGUUCGAUUCCCUGGAGGGCUUCAUCAUCGUCAUGGUGCACUGCAUCCUGCGCAGGGAGGUGCAGGAGGCGGUGAAGUGUCGCGUCGUCGAUCGCAAAGACGACGGGAACGGAGACUCCGGCAGCUCCCUCCAAAACGGACAGACCCAACUCGGGUCUGAUUUCGAGAAGGACGCUGAUUCCAGCAGACCAGGAGGCACGAUGAGUACCUUAGAGGAGAAGAUGUCCCCUCCCCAGCUGCCUCCACCAAUGAGCUCCAACUUCCACACCCUCCCCGCCCACACCACCAAGGCCCACAUGCAGGCGGUGCCCGAAUACUCCAGCCACACCCUCACCCUGAAGCGCGAGAAGACCCGUCUGGGCGGCAUGGAUCCAUCCUGCGGCAAACCGGUCUACGUGUGCGACGGCGAGCUCUUCCAGCAGCUGGACGCCAACAUGGCCCGCGGUCAGGCCGAGGGCAGCGCCCCGGACGGCAGCGGCUACGUGCUCAUGCCCAACAACACGUCCACCCUGCGCUCCAAGCCCAAAGACGACCCGUCCAAGUACAACAUCAGCGUGGACCAGUUGCCCCAGACCAGGCUGGUGCACCUCAGCGGACCCUUCGCUGAGCCCCAGGCCGCCUUCGGUCUGAAGAGCCUGCCGGCCGACCGCGUCAGCGUGUCGUACUCCGAGAGGGACUCUCCCGUCCAGAACCUGCACAACAUGUCCAGCGAGUCCCACAUCACCCACAGCAGCUUGGGGGACACUUUCGACUCCAUGAACUCCAUGAUGUCCAAGAGUGAGACCAUCUCGACUCUGUCCAUGAGCUCUCUGGAGAGGCAGAAAUCUCGUUAUGCUGAAUUGGACUUUGAGAAGAUCAUGCACACAAGGAAACGCCACCAGAACAUGUUCCAGGAUCUGAACAGGAAAUUGCAUCACGCCGAGAAAGACAGAGAGUCCCCUGCUUCUGACAGCAAGUCAGUGAGAUGGAGUGUGUCUUCAGGCGGAAGUGACAAAACAAACCACAGCGACAAGCAGCAGCCUCCCAUGGAGAGACCCUGGGAGGGCAUUCAGAGAACCCAGCACUCACCCCCAUCCUGGGUGAAGAGGGACCUGGAGCCCCUGGCAGCCUCGCCCCUGCAGAUCCAGGCUGGGGAGUGGGAGAAGGCAGCCACCGCCAUCCCUCUGGUGGGCCAAGACAUCAUCGACCUGCAGACGGAGGUCUGAGUCCUUUUUCUUCACCUCGGUCACCUGUUGGUUUGGGGGAUGAGAACGUGUCCACGUGGGGAUGGUGUUGAGCCAGCCUGGGAAGAGUGUUGAUCGAAGAAGGCAGGAGGAUGGAAGAGCGAAACCAUGUGUCUUUCCAACCCUCGGAACGAGAAGAGGAAAGGCUAGCUGACCUGGUGUGCUUAUGUGACUCUCAGCAUUGACUUUUGAAACACCGGUGAGGCCACGAGUGGAAACUGGCAAGUCAGAAGCCAGUCGGUCAGAAUCACGGGUGGGUUCCAGCGGAGAAGGAUCGGUUCUGGAUCCGUUUUUUUUUUUUGCGAUUCCGUUCGAGAGUUUUUUCCCCCAUUCUCUUCCGUCCCAGGCUUGGGAGAUGUUGUCAUGGCAACGCCUGCGCUUCAAUCUCUCUGAUUCCCUUCGAAAACAGGGGGCUUUCCUCCUCCAGAGGACCAGUCCAGCACUGGCUGGCUGCGGACAGUGGACAGCCCAGAAACCCCUUCCAAGGCAGGAUGUUGCAGCGCCCAGCUCACUUCCUGAGACAGGACUCCCCCUCAGGCCUCUGGCUUGGGGGUCUGGCUCGGUAGUGAA